UGGGCUCAGUGAUUUGUACCAACGGGUCCUAAAACCCUGAACUGUGGAUGCUCCAGGACACCGGAGGAAAUAAACAGCCCAUUUGCGCCUAAGGGUGAUCAUACAGUCGUCAGUGGAAGUGCUGCCUCUACACCGUGCACAGGUCUUACCUAUGACUGUGAUGGGAUGAAGCCUUGAACAGACCAUUCCUGUCUGUCCUCUGAGCUGCUGUCUCCCCUUGGGAACAAACACAUGGUGGUGACCAGAGCCACCACACAGGGGCGCUGACACCCCCUGCCCCUCUGCUCUGAAGGCCCGCCCCCCCUUCAACAGUCAGGACCAUGAGCUCUCACAGCCGACAAGGUGGUGUGACCAGUAAAGACCAUCCUCUGGGACUUCUUAAAGCAGCACCACUCAAACAUUUUGUGGAUGUGAGACCAGCAGCACUGCCCAUGCCGGUGCCCCCCACCACCACAGCCAUCCUUCCCAUGGACCUGCGUAUAGUGGACCCCCACCAUCACCACCACCACCACCACCAGCAGCAGCAGCAGAGCCCCUUUGGCCUGGUUCCCCCGCCUCACCCGACACCACCAGCCUCCACCACUUCCUCUGAGUCGGGCCAUGGGCGGGUUAUGGGCCACCAGGAGCAGCAGCUUCAGAAAGAGCUGGUGGUCCUCAAACAAAAGCAGCAACUCCAGAGACAGCUACUGAUUGCAGAGUUCCAGAGGCAACACGAGCAACUGUCGCGACAACAUGAAGCUCAGCUGCAGGAACACAUCAAGCACCAACAGGAUUUACUGGCACUGAAACAUCAACAGGAGUUGCUUGAGCAUCAGAGGAAGAUGGAGCAGCAGCGUCAUGAACAAGAGCUAGAGAAGCAGCAGAGGGAACACAAACUACAGCAGCUGAAACACAAGGAGAGGGGGCAAGAGAGUGCAGUGGCCAGUACUGAGGUAAAGAUGCUACUUCAGGAGUUUGUCCUGAACAAGCAGAAAGCUCUGGCUCAGCGAAACCUAAACCACUGUCUGUCCAGUGACCCUCGCUACUGGUAUGGAAAAACCCAGCACAGUUCUUUGGACCAGAGCUCUCCUCCCCAAACAGCCAUGUCAGCGUACAACUAUCCUAUCCUGGGAGCAUACGACUCAAAAGAUGACUUCCCUCUGCGUAAAACAGCCUCUGAACCCAACCUGAAACUUCGAUCGCGGCUAAAACAGAAGGUGACGGAGCGUCGCAGCAGCCCUCUGCUCCGCAGGAAGGAUGGGCCCAUUACCACUGCCAAGAAACGCUCUCUGGAUGUUCCAGAGUCAGCAUGUAGCAGUGCACCGGGCUCAGGUCCAAGCUCCCCCAACAACAGCUCCAGUAAUAUCCCCAAUGAGAACGGGGUCGCAAUCUCCAGUAGCCCCGGAGAGGCAUCUCUUCUUCAGAAGUUGGCUUCCAGAGAAGGUUCUGUCAGUGAGUUGUCUCUCUACACUUCCCCGUCUCUGCCAAACAUCAGUCUGGGUCUCCCAGCCUCAGCCCCUGCUACCACCGUGGUACCAGGACAUCAGGAUGGUGACAGUCGCCUGGCGCUGCCUGCCUUACAGCAGGUCAUUCCUCUGACCCCUCCUUUUCUGCCCACUGCCCACCUGCCCUCCUACUUGGCAUCUUCAGUUCUGGAUAGAGAGGGGCCCGGAGGGGCCACAGCUGGUCACAGCCCCCUCCUCCAACACAUGGUGCUGCUGGAGCAAAGCCAUAAUCAGAUGGUUGGUCUUGGUGGCAUCCCCCUGCCGUCACCAUCUGUCUCCAAGCUUGCACGGGGCCACCGUCCUCUGGGCCGGACCCAGUCAGCCCCCCUCCCCCAGCAGCAGUGUGGACAGGCCCAGGCUCUGCAGCAGCUCGUUGUCCAGCAGCAGCACCAGCAGUUCCUGGAGAAACACAAGCAACAGUUCCAACAGCAGCAGCAGCAGCAGCACAUCAUCAACAAGAUCAUGUCCAAACCCAGUGAUCAGAUUUCCGUCACUGGUUCCGGCAGCUCAGGCCCCUCCAGGCAGCACCAGAGCCACCCAGAGGAGACGGAGGAGGAACUUAGGGAGCACCAGGGCAUCAUCUCCUCCUCCUCCACCACCUCCACCUCCUCUGCAUCUGUGCAGGAGGAGGGUUCACUCCGGGGGGUCAUCGUCAAGCAGGAGCCCCUGGACUCACAGGAGAAGGAGGACAGGGACAAGGAGAGACAGGAGUUCCUCUUCAGGCAGCAGGCUCUGCUGUUGGAGCAGCAGCGGAUCCAUCAGCUGAGGAACUACCAGGCAUCCAUGGAAGCUGCAGGGUUAUCAGUGACCUUGGCCGGACACAGACCCCUGUCCAGGGCUCAGUCCUCUCCAGCAUCGGCCUCCUUCCACAUGGUGGUCCAGGAGCCGCCGGCGAAACCUCGCUUCACCACAGGUCUGGUGUAUGAUCCGCUCAUGCUGAAGCACCAGUGUAUCUGUGGAAACACCACGAUUCACCCAGAACACGCCGGUCGCAUCCAGAGCAUCUGGUCUCGACUGCAGGAGACAGGACUCCGAUCACAGUGUGAGUGCAUCCGGGGUAGGAAGGCCUCACCAGAAGAAUUACAGACAGUCCACACUGAAGACCAUGUUCUGCUGUAUGGAACUAACCCACUGCGCCAGAAACUGGACCUGAAUUCCAUGUUUGUGAGGUUACCAUGUGGAGGCGUUGGGGUGGAUAGCGACACCAUAUGGAAUGAAGUACAUUCAACCACUGCAGCUCGUCUGGCUGUGGGCUCUGUAGCUGAGCUCGUCUUCAAAGUAGCAUCAGGAGAACUCAAGAAUGGUUUUGCUGUCGUACGACCACCUGGACACCAUGCAGAGGAGAGCACACCUAUGGGUUUCUGCUACUUCAACUCAGUGGCCAUUGCAGCCAAGCUCCUGCAGCAGAAACUCAGCGUCAGUAAAAUUCUCAUUGUUGAUUGGGAUGUUCAUCAUGGUAACGGCACCCAGCAGGCCUUCUACUCUGACCCUAGUGUUCUCUAUGUGUCACUACAUCGCUAUGAUGACGGAAACUUCUUCCCUGGCAGUGGAGCCCCUGAUGAGGUGGGCAGUGGACCAGGUGUUGGUUUCAAUGUCAACAUGGCCUUUGCUGGAGGACUAGACCCUCCGAUGGGGGAUGCAGAAUACCUUGCUGCAUUUAGGACGGUGGUUAUGCCUAUUGCAAAUGAGUUUUCCCCAGACAUGGUUCUGGUAUCGUCAGGCUUCGAUGCUGUCGAUGGCCAUGCCCCACCACUUGGAGGAUACAAACUCACAGCCAAAUGCCUCGGCUACCUGACCAGGCAGCUCAUGGCUCUGGCAGGCGGUCGCUUGGUACUUGCCCUGGAGGGGGGUCAUGACCUCACAGCCAUAUGUGAUGCCUCCGAAGCCUGCGUCUCUGCCCUGCUUGGCAAUGAGUUGGAGCCCCUUCUUGAUGAGGUUCUGCAGCAGAGGCCAAACCCCAACGCUGUCCACUCAAUGGAGAAAGUCAUCCAAGCUCAUAGUAAGUACUGGCGCUCGCUGCAACGCUCCGCCUCCACCCUCGGCUGUUCGUUGACUGAAGCCCUCCAGCAAGAAGCAGACGAAGCUGAGACUGUCUCUGCAAUGGCCUCUUUGUCUGUUGCUAACAAGCACAUUGGAAAGAGAGCGGAAGAGGAACCAAUGGAAGAGGAAGGCCCUCUGUAAGGAAACAUCCACAGCCUUUAACCACCCAGACCAGUCUUCAACUUUGACGGCGUCCUCAUCCUGUCAAAUCUUAGUCUCACCACACCAGAUCACCAUGGUGUUUGAUGAAGUGAGGGAGGAAGCAAAGCUGACAGAAGUGAAAGGAAGCAGCAAGGAUGAGCCACUCACUGGCUGGUCAGCAGUCCAAACCAUAGUCGGCACAAAAGGGUUGUAUUCAGAUAAACUCGACGGACUCCACCAUCACGGCACCAGUGCUUGGGAAACACUGCAUAUGUUCAGAUGUGCCAAUUGGUUCUACACACAGAUAAUCUACUCAGUUUAUUAUUCCAUGUUUUUCUCUGCAUUACCUUGCUCUUGUCACUUUGAUCAAAAGUUGCCAGAGCCAAAAUUAUUGUGACUCUGCUUUGUGGAUCAUUCCAGCUUUUUCAGAAAAU